GGUAAGACGAACUGCCCCCUCCCCCGCCCUGCCACCCCUACGACAUCCCUUGCGCGGUCCCCGCCUCCCGCUCCGCAGCAGCGCAAGCUAUAGGUGUGUAUAUAAGAAUCACAGUCAUAAGGAGGGAGGGAGAGGCCACCAGAGACCACCCUGUCCCCGGCGCCCCGAAAGAUGCUGCUGCGGUGCCGCUGCUAGAGGAGGACGCGCUGGGAUUUAGCUCGUCUCUGAGACUCUCUACUCUCUCUCCCCUCGUCCUUCUCCGCAGAGGGGGGUGAGGCCUUUCCAGCCUCUUCCUCCUCCUCUUCCUCUCCUACCCGGCCGCGGGAAGCCCCUCUCCAUGAUGCAGGCUCGCUACUCCGUCUCGGACCCCAACGCUUUGGGAGUGGUGCCGUAUUUAAGCGAGCAGAACUACUACCGGACGGCGGGGACGUACGGCGGCAUGGGCAACCCCAUGAGCGUCUAUUCGGGCCACGCUGAGCAGUAUGCGGCUGGCAUGGGGCGCUCCUACGGACCCUACCACCCCCACCAACCCGCAGCCCCCAAGGACCUGGUGAAACCACCUUACAGCUACAUCGCCCUCAUCACCAUGGCCAUCCAGAACGCCCCCGACAAGAAGAUCACGCUCAAUGGGAUUUACCAGUUCAUCAUGGACCGCUUCCCUUUCUACCGAGAGAACAAGCAGGGCUGGCAGAACAGCAUCCGCCACAAUCUCUCCCUCAACGAGUGCUUCGUCAAGGUGCCCCGUGACGACAAGAAGCCGGGCAAAGGGAGCUACUGGACCCUGGACCCCGACUCGUACAACAUGUUCGAGAACGGCAGCUUCUUACGCCGUCGGAGACGCUUCAAGAAGAAGGAUGUCUCCAAGGAGAAAGAGGAGGCCCGGGAACGGCUGCUAAAGGAGCAGCCCAAACCCUCCGGGCUGCCCGGCACCGACCUCUCCAAGGAAGCCUCCUCCUCCUCCUCUUCCUCCUCCGCCUCGGCUCCGGCCUCCGAGAAGAAAGUGGUGAUCAAGAGCGAGACGGCAUCUCCCGAGCUCCCGGUGAUCACCAAGGUGGAGACGCUGAGCCCUGCCAGCGGUGGGGCUUUGCGGGACAGUCCCCGCAGCACGGCCUCCCCUCCCGCCGCCGCCGCCUCCCCGGAGGCUUCACUUCCCGAGCAUCAUCCCGCCGGGAACGGACUCCCAGGUUUCAGCGUCGAGAGCAUCAUGACCCUGCGGACUUCUCCCGCGGGGGAUCUCAGCCCGGUGAGUGCCGCCUCGGGCAGGACGGGUGCCGGUAUGGCACUGGGCUACCCAGCGGGGCAGCCGUCGGGCUACAGCGCGGCGUGUAGCCAGGCCCUGGACACUAGUGGGAGCUACCACUGCAGUAUGCGGGCCAUGAGCCUCUACAGCGGCGAGAGGCCGGGCCACAUGUGCGUACCCCCCGCAGCGCUGGAGGAAGGGCUGGCCGAGCAUCCCACCGGUGCCCCAUCGCCCCUCGGUACCCUCAGCCUUCCGUCGGGGCAGGAGGGUACGCUGGGUACCGGGCAUCCCCACGGCGGAGGGGCUGCGGCGGCUGCUGGGGGGCAACCCACCGCCUCUUGGUACCUCAACCACGGGGCUGAGUUGAGCCACCUGUCCGGGCACAGUUUUGGGUCUCAACAGCAGACUUUUCCCAACGUUCGGGAAAUGUUCACCUCGCACCGGCUGGGGAUGGAGAGCUCCUCGCUCAGCGAUCACCAGGUGAGCAGCAACUCCGCCUGUCAGAUCCCGUACAGAUCCGCGCCCUCCCUAUACCGUCAUGCCACCCCCUACUCCUACGACUGCACUAAGUACUGAGUAGCCGCGAACCCCCCUGCCCCCCUCCAGCCUAGGGCUAUCCGUAAAAAAAA